AAGAAAAAGGAGAAGAAGAAAAAGGAGAAGAAGAAGAAGGAGAAGAAGAAGAAGUAGUUCUGCUUUCCGUCUGCCAAACAUGGAAGUCUUUCAGACGUGGUUCUGCAUUGUGUUGGAUAAAAAGAACCACUCUAAAUAUAUAUGCUACACACACAGGAAAAACGGAAUGUUGAAUAUUUGUCUGACAGAUGCCACUGAUGUGUGGAGCACAGAGGUCACGGAGGACACCUUCAAGCAGUCUGUAGGGGGGAGUGGGGGGCAGAGGAUUGCCUUGAAGUCUACAGUGGAUUAUAUUCUGAACCUCAGGUCAGCCUGUGGUCAGGGGGGGGUGUCUGUUGUGCUCCAUGAAUCGUGUGCAGAGGUGUGUGUGAGCUCGGCUGCAGGGGACCUGAGUGUGACCCUGCCCAGGCUGGAGGGCCCCCGGGCCCCUGAGGAAGUGAAGGAGCUGCUGUUCAGGAUGGCUGACAGUAAAUGUGGACCCCCCUCUGUCGGUCCAGUCAAACCUGACCAGUGGCGGCCUGCAGAGGGCCAGCAGAGUGCAGCUCCAGCAGUGACGAUGAAGAAACGACUUCCAGGAGCUUCUCUUAUCAACCCAGGAACUAAAAGGAAGCGCCCGGCGACCGGCGUGGCCUUCGAGAAGGAGGAGGAGGAGGAAUAGGAGGAGGAGGAAGAGGAGGAAGAGGAGGAAGAGGAGGAGGAGGAGGAAGAGGAGGAAGAGGAGGACUGAUCCUUCAGCGGCCCGCUUUCUUCUCAAUGUUUUUAAUGGCAGAUGAUAUCAAAUGAAACUGGACUACAAUUUUAAAUGGUCAUUUAUUAAAUAAAUAAAUCAUUGUGAAACUUCUUUUUUGAUAGACUGUGGUUUACACUCUUGAAAUCGGUUUUCAUUGUUAUGUCUAGUUUAAAUUAAACAUAAUACAAUAAAUCAAUUUUUUCUGUAAAACAAAACUAAUGAAAAAUAUAGAGCACAUGGCGAACUUUGAAUAUAAACAUCUUUUAUUUGAGUAUUUGUCUUUGCUAUGUAAACACUUUCUGAAUACAUAUCUGAAGACACAUGCACAUCUGUUACUUGUUUGUUUUCUAUAAUUGACAUAAUUCAUCCACUAUUCUGUGUUUGCUGAAAAUAGCCAUGGCUUUUCUCAUUAGAAUGAUCUAAUGAUCCAUGUCUACUCAUUUCAUUUAAAAAGACUGGAAGGCUUGAUCUGCUGCUCACACUGCUGAGGUCAGGCAGAAGCACAGCAUUUUUCUGAGGGGGGGUGGGCACUCACUGUUUCACUGCAAAAUACGAGUUGAGAAACAGCUGUUUAACCAUACAUGAGCUUAAAUGUCAGAUGAUUUGUCGAAAUGAGAUUCACCCAAUAAACAGUUAUAAAUAAUACAUUUUA